AUGGUGGUCUGGAAUAACAGUGAUACUAUGGAACCUAUAUUUAUUCUGAGGGGUUUUCCUGGACUGGAGUAUGUUCAUUCACAUCUCUCCAUCCCAUUCUGUGUUGCAUAUUUGUCAGCAUUUAUUGGUAAUGUUACCAUCCUCACUGUUAUUUGGACUGAGUCCUCACUCCACCAGCCCAUGUAUUACUUUCUUUCUAUGUUGGCACUAACUGACCUAGGUAUGUCCUUGUCCACACUGCCCACCAUGCUUGCUGUAUUAUGUUCGGAUGUUCGGGAGAUCCAGGGAAGUGCUUGCUACGCCCAGCUCUUCUUCAUCCACACAUUCACAUUCCUGGAGUCCUCAGUGCUGCUGGCCAUGGCCUUUGACCGCUUUGUUGCUAUUUGCCGUCCACUGCACUACACCACCAUCCUCACCAACAGUGUAAUAGGCAAGAUUGGUUUGGCCUGCUUGCUAAGAAGCAUGGGGGUUGUACUACCCACACCUUUGCUGCUGAGACACCAUCACUACUGCCAUGUCAAUGCCCUCUCCCAUGCCUUCUGUUUGCACCAGGAUGUUCUGAAGUUAUCCUGUUCAGAUGCCAGGAUCAACAGUGUUUAUGGACUGUGUGUAGUUAUUGCCACACUGGGUGUGGAUUCUGUCUUCAUACUUCUUUCUUAUGUCCUGAUUCUGAAGGCUGUGCUGUGCAUUGCCUCUCAUGAGGAGCAGCUAAAGGCACUCAACACAUGUGUGUCUCAUAUCUGUGUGGUGCUCACCUUCUUUGUGCCAGUUAUUGGGGUAUCAAUGGUCCACCGCUUUGGGAAGCAUUUGUCUCCCAUAGUCCACAUCCUUAUGGCUGACAUAUACCUGCUUCUUCCCCCAGUGCUUAACCCUGUUGUCUACAGUGUCAGGACAAAGCAGAUCCGUCUAGGAAUUCUCUGCAAGUUUGGGCUAAGGAGGAGGUUUUAA